AUGGAUGCAAGCUGGGUCGAAGAGGCAUCGAUCGGCUCUCUGCGAUUUUGUAUCGCCGGCGUCAACGCUCUGCACAGAAUGGGCAGCGUGGUGCUCGACCUUGUUCCGAAAGAAGGAGGCGGAGGCGGAGGCAUGGAGGUGGAGACGAGGAAGCUCCAGUCGUCCAAGUACAAAGGCGUGGUCCCGCAGCCCAACGGCCGGUGGGGCGCGCAGAUCUACGAGAGGCACCAGCGCGUGUGGCUCGGCACGUUCGAGACAGAGGCCGAGGCGGCGCGGGCCUACGACGUGGCCGCGCAGCGCUUCCGCGGCCGAGAGGCGGCUACUAACUUCGGGACGCUGGCGGAGACCGAGGAGGAGGAGGAGGCGGCGCGGUCCUUCCUCGGCGCCCACUCGAAGGCCGAGAUAGUGGACAUGCUGCGUAAGCACACGUAUCUCGACGAGCUGGAACAGUGCAAGCGCGGGCGCGGGGCGGCGCUGCUCGGGAAGAGGAAGACCCCAGCCGGCAUCUGCCGGCAGUCGUCGUCCCCCAGGGAGAUGCUAUUCGAGAAGAUCGUGACGCCGAGCGACGUAGGGAAGCUGAACCGGCUGGUGAUUCCCAAGCAGCACGCGGAGAAGCACUUCCCAUUAAGAAUCGACGGCGGCAGCGGCGGCAAGGGGGUGCUGCUGCACUUAGAGGACGCCGACGGGAAGAUGUGGCGGUUCAGGUACUCCUACUGGCACAGCAGCCAGAGCUACGUGCUGACGAAGGGCUGGAGCCGGUUCGUGAAGGAGAAGCAGCUCAGAGCAGGGGACGUCGUCAGCUUCUGGAGGUCCGGGCCGGAGAAUCAGCUCUACGUCAUGUGUCAGAGAUCUGUGUCGAUCGGGGUGGUUGGUAGCGACACUUAG